GAGGGCUCAUAUAUUGUUGUUCCUUUCCACUGACAGAGCUGUCGUUCGACGAGCGUUUACCCAAGUCCAUUUGCCUCGAUUAUUCGCAUUAUGUCUCAACCAGUGAGGUUGUACACAAAAGGUGUUGUAUUAGGUUACAAACGUAGUCUCAGAAGUCAGGACCCCAAUACUUCGUUGGUAAAGAUAGAAGGAGUGAAUGACAAGAAGGAGACAGAGUUCUACCUAGGAAAACGCAUUGCCUAUGUAUAUAGAGCACAUAAGAAGAGAGAGGCCAAGGGAAAGCAACCGGCAAGUAAAAUUCGAUGUAUUUGGGAGGUAACCAGACCACAUGGCAACAGUGGUGUAGUUAGAGCAAAGUUUCGACAUAACCUUCCACCCAAAUGUUUUGGAGCUACUGUUCGUGUGAUGCUGUAUCCAUCUCGAGUAUAAUAUUGGCUUUGCAUUUCAAGUAAAUAAAUGUAUUAAAUCAGCUCAAAUAAAUAUUGUGCCCUUGUCUUUUGUGAAGAGUUUCCAUACAUAGUGUAUACUUUCAAUACAUGUAUUGUGUAAACUUU